GCCUGCUCAUUUCGUACCCCUACCCGACUGAUAACUAACAAACGACUCGCUACCCGACUGAUAACUCACAAACGACUCCGUCUCCUAGAAAAAGAUCCAGGCCACCGACUCAAGCCCAUAAGUUGAUUAGAUCUUUGCAUGAGUGACAGAACCUUCAGAGAAUCCCAACCUUCGUCUGAGCUUCAAGGCCGAUUCAAUCAUCCAAACCAUCCCAACCGGCCAUUAAUGAAUUCACAACUUCCUGAAGGACGAUUUGCCGCCGCAAGUUUCAACGAACAAAUUCUUUCAAGCUUCGUAUCAACUGGUUCGGCGUUUGUUACACCAAAUAGUGGAGUGAGCCGUAAGACUGCUAGAGGGACCGAACUGAAGAAAAAACGGGUCCGACCUGAUGAGGACAUCAAACGAUGGAAUCGACUUCGGCACAAAGCCAACAGUCCCUUUGUUGCUUCCCAAGACCCAGAGAAUCCGAUCCAGUCUCCUUCAUCUCAACAACUUGGGCCCCUCAAGAAAAAACCCUUCUACUACUUCAUUCCUCCUGCCCGUCAACAUGACCCCGAACCCGAUGUGAUGCACACCUCACAAGAAACCCUUGCAUCCUCCUACAAAGGUCUUGACCAUGGCACAGUCAUAAUUACACCACGAGGCCAGGAAGCAUUUUGCAAGGCUAAAUUUAUCCCGUUUUCCUCGAUGCCAUCAGAUGAGUUGCUUGGAUGGGAAAAGCUCGUGUGCUUUUUUCUCUCCCGAACUCAUUACAUCGCACCAGUCAAAAACAAUGGCCCUCACAUGGGUGGAACCAUGUGGGCAGAUGGAUGGCGGAAGUGCUCGAAGGCAUGCGAGGCGUUCGGCCGUUAUUGCUCUGUUACUCGGUUGGUUGCCAUGAUGCGAAAGUCAAACUACGUUGCCGAGGAUGAAGCUGUUGCCGUUAGAGAGGCCAACGACUGGAUAUCUGUUCACCUUCAAGAACUGGCUCCUGGAGUGUUUGAAGAUUACCGAGCAACUCUCAUUAAAAAUAAUUUACCCUCAAUGGCCCACAUGGAAUGGCCUCCGUCGUCGUAUCACGCUCUCGACUUUGCUUCUUUUCUCACAUUUACGAUGUACGAUUUUUUCAACGAGACCCAUUUCGAUUCGGAUGCAAACAAUUGGACCCUUGUUUGCUGGAUACCGAUCUUGAAUCCUCGGACCUCGGACAAAGAUGAUCCCAUCUUGGCAGACGAUGGAUUUGAUAUGAUAGGUGGACAAUUCACCUUUCGUGAUUUCCAGGUGUACUUGGACUUGAACAAAGUCAUUGGUGUGACCAUGUGUGUGUUCCGGUCCAAAGAUCACCGUCAUCAGACAUUGGCUGGAUCCUCACCGUCCGACAAGUAUACUCGAAUUGGCUUUUCCUGUCAAAUGUCUGAAGCCAUGUCAAAUGCUGUUGUUGCUUACAUCAAUGGUACAGCAACUGGUGACUGUAUAGCUGGUCAAAAGAAACAAAUAGACAAUGCAGAAAAAAGCAUUGUGAAACAAGACCAAAAACAAGCAGAGAAACAGAGAGAGAGGGAGAAGUCUAAAUGAAUUAUAACUUUCUCACAGCUAUCAUUUCAUACUACAGCUAUUAUUUCAUACUACAGCUAUUAUUGAUCAGCUCUUUAAACCAAGUUUGUUUUCAAAUCCGUUGUUGAGAACACGAUUUAUGCUUACCAGAAAAAUUACAUUUUCCUCAGAAUUGUUAUUGCUUUAUCUCCUCAGCUACCAAUUAAUAUUCUUACUAUUGUCCUGUUAUUCAAGAUCAUUUUAUUUUUGAGUUGAAAUUUACAGCACAGCUAGGUGCCCAAAAACAAUUGCCG